AAAGCUGUUUAUAGUACUACGUAGUAUUUUACAAUUUUUGAGGAGAAGUUUCAGACUGAGGAGGAGAUCCGAAAAUUUUCCCUACUUUCGAAUCAAAAUCUAAAUCGUGAAAGGAUACAAAAAGCAUCCCACGCAGAGAUAUUUAGUGAGAGAACAUCCAAGAGAGAGAGAGGGAGAGAGAGAGAAGGCCGAUUUUCACUGUAUCGGAAUAUAUUUGUAGAUUUUCCCCCAUAGUACAUAUGUGAUUCUUUUCUUCCCCCUCAUUGAUCAAUCGCCAAAACCCUCUGUUUCAGUUUGUUGAACAAUCACACGCCUUUUCUCUUCUUCGUCGGACUGUUGAUUUUGACAGACUCGUUCGAAUCGGUCUCCUUGUUUUUGGCUCGGUUUCGCUCUUUUUUUAGAGAGAGAGAGAGAGAAACUGCUUUUCGUCACCCGUACUACUGUUUUUUGCUUUGUGGUUGAGAUCGUGAGGGACCGAUGCCGGGAAAUCGGCAGGUUCAGAGCAACGGCGUCGUUUCCAAUUCGUCCGUCAAUCACCUCGAAGAUGCCAUACAGAGGUUGAAAAUUCAGACGAAUGAUAAGCAGGACAGGGGCGAGGUGGCUGAUUCAGGCCCCUACCCAGACCGUCCCGGGGAACCAGACUGCAUUUUCUACUUGAGGACUGGGCUGUGUGGUUAUGGAAGCAAUUGUAAAUUCAAUCACCCCACUUCUCCUAGACAGGGCAGUGUGUAUAAAGGUGAACUGCCAGAAAGAGCUGGACAACCCGACUGUGGGUAUUAUCUGAAAACAGGAACCUGCAAAUUUGGUUCAGCAUGUAAAUAUCAUCACCCACGGGACAGGCAUGGUGCUGUACCAGUCCUACUUAACAGUUUGGGCCUACCUAUGCGUCAGGAAGAAAAGCCAUGCCUUUUUUAUCUGAAAACUGGAUCAUGUAAGUUUGGAGCUUCAUGUAAAUUUGAUCAUCCUCAACUUGCAUCCGCUGGAACUGCCUUGGCCGUUCCUCCACCUGCUGCCUACGGAUCUCCAGGUUUAUCAGUUCUGCCUUCGUCUGGGCCAGCUUAUAUGGGAGGAUUUUCAAAGUUGCCAUUUUCAAGAACACCAUACUUACCUGCUUCAGGUGUACAAGUCCCCCAGACCUAUAUGCCGGGCCUUAUGUCUCCAAGCAUUGCACCAGGAUAUGGCUGGAACACUUACAUGGGCGGCAUGAGGUCUGUAUCUUCUACUGGUGUUCUUGGAUCUGAUCUUAUUUAUGACUCCAAGAAUCAGGGUGGGUUGGGCAUGUUGCAUUUGUUACCUGAUAGACCGGAACAACCAGAAUGCCGGCAAUUCAUGAGCAAUGGAAGCUGCAAAUAUGGAUCUGAUUGCAAGUACCAUCAUCCUAGAGAAAGGAUUGCUCAAUUGGCAACAAAUUCUCUAGGCCCACUUAUGCUUCCAUUGAGACCUGGUAUACCAGUAUGUUCAUACUACAGCUUGUAUGGACUCUGCAAGUAUGGUCCCACGUGCAAAUUUGAUCACCCUUUGCCUGGAUAUUCUUAUGACUAUGGUUUGAGUUAUCCGACCGUUUUUCAUCCACCUCUAUUGCCAUAUCAGAGUAAUUCACCCAUGUUCCUCUCAUCAGACACAUCUCUAUCAAAAUCAUCUAAAGUUCCUGAUCGGAGAAGGAAGCCCGAGGCUGAUAGCGAUGGGAAGAAUCAAAACGUUGAUACUGAAACCCCAGAUGGUUCAUUAGAACAGCCUAGUUCUCCACCAAAUCCGUUGCCAGCUCCUUCAGAACUUCCUCAGGACCAAUCUGAUUAAUGUUAUUUCUCGGCCUUUUUGUCACCUUUCAUUUUGCUGCUGAGUUUGUCGGACAAACAUUUUGAUGACUUCUGCCUCCGAUCCCCCUUUCACCUGCGGUUAUGUAAAAUGGGAUGGGUUGUUUUGGGGUACAAUUAAUGUGAAGGAAACCUGGGGGGUUUUGGAAGGCUCUUUUUGUGGUGAAUAAAAGCAGGUGAAAUGUUUUUGUAA